CGGCCCCGGGCGGGCGGGAGCGCCGCUGGCCGAGCGCACAGGCCGCGGCCCGCGGAGCCCGCCAUGCCGGCGCGGGUGUGAGGCGCGGCGAGCCAGGGCCGAGGCGAGCGGCGGCCCCGCCGGCCUGAGGCCCCGCAGCGGCCCGGCCCGGGCCCCAUGAGCGGCGGCCUCGGCCUCCGGCGCAGCCCGGAAAUGUCCGGCAAGCUCGAGAAAGCAGACUCUCAGCGCUCCCAUCUCUCCUCCUUCACCAUGAAGCUCAAGGACAAAUUCCACUCGCCCAAAAUCAAGCGAACGCCGUCCAAGAAGGGAAAACCAGCUGAGGUGUCUGUGAAAGUCCCGGAGAAGCCUGUGAACAAAGAGGCAACAGACAGAUUUCUGCCAGAGGGCUACCCUAUCCCCUUGGAUCUGGAGCAGCAGGCAGUAGAAUUUAUGUCCACCAGUGCUGUGGCUUCCAGGUCUCAAAGGCAGAAGAACCUGAGCUGGCUGGAAGAGAAAGAGAAAGAGGUGGUUAGUGCCUUGCGCUACUUUAAGACCAUUGUGGACAAAAUGGCUAUUGAUAAGAAGGUACUCGAGAUGCUUCCGGGGUCAGCCAGCAAGGUGCUGGAGGCCAUCUUACCCCUGGUGCAGAGCGAUCCUCGAAUUCAGCACAGCUCAGCCCUCUCCUCCUGCUACAGCCGGGUGUACCAGAGUCUUGCCAACCUCAUCCGCUGGUCCGACCAAGUGAUGCUGGAAGGGGUGAACUCAGAAGAUAAGGAGAUGGUCACAACGGUGAAAGGGGUCAUCAAGGCCGUGCUGGACGGAGUGAAGGAGCUGGUCAGACUUACCAUCGAGAAGCAGGGGCAUCCGUCUCCAACCAGCCCAGUGAAGCCCAGUUCCCCAGCCUGCAGACCCGACGGCCAGUCUGAGGUCCCCCUGACAGAUCGAGAGAUGGAGAUUCUAAACAAGACAAGUGGCCUGUCCCAGUCGGCCGAGCUACUUCCAGACUCUACAGAUGAAGAGGUCGCGCCCCCCAAGCCCCCCUUACCUGGCAUCCGGGUGGUUGAUAAUAGUCCUCCACCGGCAUUGCCACCGAAGAAAAGACAGUCAGCUCCGUCCCCAACCCGAGUGGCCGUCGUGGCCCCCAUGAGUCGGGCCACCAGUGGUUCCAGCUUGCCCAUUGGAAUUAAUAGGCAGGACUUUGACGUGGACUGUUCUGCACAGAGGCGGCUGUCAGGAGGCAGCCACUCAUACGGCGGAGAGUCGCCCCGCCUGUCCCCCCGCAGCAGCGUGGGCAAGCUCAGCAAGUCAGACGAGCAGCUGUCCUCUCUGGACAGGGACAGCGGGCAGUGCUCCCGGAACACAAGCUGUGAAACACUAGAUCACUAUGACCCCGACUACGAAUUCCUUCAGCAAGACCUCUCUAACGCAGACCAGAUACCUCAGCAAGUGGCCUGUAACCUUAGCCCGCUGCCGGAGUCCUUGGGAGAGUCUGGGCCCCCAUUCCUCGGCCAUCCCUUCCAGCUGCCUUCGGGACCCGGCGGCUGUCCGCAGCCGGAGGGGCCCCCGGCUCCAGGACCACAGACGGACAUGCCCCCUGCUCUCCCUGAGAAGAAGCGCAGGAGCGCAGCCUCACAGACCACAGACAGCUCCGGCUGCAGGGUGUCCUACGAGCGACACCCCUCUCAGUAUGACAACAUCUCCGAGGACGACCUGCGGAACCCCGCCGCGGCCCAGCCCGUCCCCUUCACGCCCUUCGCUGCUGUUCUCCCCUUCCAGCAAGGAGGCUCCUCGGCCUCUGUCGAGUUUGUGGGUGAUUUCACUGUUCCUGAAACGUCGGGUGACCCAGAAAAACCGCCUCCUCUGCCGGAGAAGAAAAACAAGCACAUGCUGGCCUACAUGCAGCUGCUGGAGGACUACUCGGAGCCGCAGCCGUCCAUGUUCUACCAGACGCCGCAGAACGAGCACAUCUACCAGCAGAAGAACAAGCUCCUCAUGGAGGUGUACGGCUUCAACGACUCGUUCAGCACCGAGGCCCCGCAGGAGCUGGCCCCGCCCCCCGCCCUGCCCCCCAAGCAGCGGCAGCUGGCCUCCUAUGCUGCUUCUUCCUUCUCCUCUGUCUCCUACUGUGUCCAGCAAACUAAAGUGGCCUUCAUCCCCGAGGACAGCAGUGCCACUCAGGGCAUCAGUGUGUCCGUCUCUAACUCCUUUCUCAGCCGGCACGGCAACUUGCCUGUGCCCUCGCACAAGUCUGUGUUUAGGUCCUACUCCCAGGACUCCGUGCCUCACAGCCGAGCUUCCGUUCAGCCUUUCCUCCCGCCUGCCUCCUCCUCCUCUCCACACUUCCCGCCCGUCCACCCGUCUCCGAGCUCUGACUUGGCGGUGCCCCCCGGGGGCCGUAUGCCUGCCAGCACCGCGGACGGGCCCCUCUCGCCUGCCCAGGAGAGCAGCUUUCCCGGGAGCGCUGUCUGCCUUCCUUCCGAAUCCUCUCUCACUGACUCGCCCCCGACGCCUUCGGAAUCACCAGCUACGAAAGACGGACACCCUAGAGACUCUUCAUCGGGCAGUGGUGCAUCCGGGAAGGAGAGCAGAGACGGCGAAAGGGCCCCAAGGUCGCCAGAUGCUUCGGAGCUGGCCCGGUCAGAGGAGGAAGUUGAAGAGCUGUCCCUCAUCGACCACAAUGAAAUUAUGGCAAGGCUGACGCUCAAGCAGGAGGGUGACGAUGGGCCAGACGUCCGCGGUGGGUCCGGAGAUAUCCUGCUGGUGCACGCUACUGAGACCGACAGGAAAGAUUUGGUGCUGUACUGCGAGGCCUUCUUGACCACCUACCGGACCUUCAUUACCCCGGAGGAGCUGAUCAAGAAGCUGCAGUACAGGUACGAGAAGUUCUCUCCCUUCGCCGACACGUUCAAGAAGCGCGUCAGCAAGAACACGUUCUUCGUGUUGGUGCGGGUCGUGGAUGAACUCUGCCUAGUGGAGCUGACGGAAGAGAUCCUGAAGCUGCUGAUGGAGCUGGUCUUUCGCUUGGUGUGCAGCGGGGAGCUGAGCCUGGCCCGUGUGCUCCGGAAGAACAUCCUGGACAAGGUGGACCAGAAGAAGCUGCUCCGGUGUGCCAACUCUGACCAGCCCCUGGCAGCCAGGGGGGUGGCCGCCAGGCCCGGGACGCUACAUGACUUCCACAGCCACGAGAUAGCCGAGCAGCUGACUCUGCUGGACGCCGAGCUCUUUUAUAAGAUAGAGAUUCCUGAGGUUUUGCUUUGGGCGAAAGAGCAGAAUGAGGAGAAGAGCCCCAACUUGACCCAGUUCACAGAGCACUUCAACAACAUGUCCUACUGGGUCCGCUCCAUAAUCAUGUUACAAGAAAAAGCCCAGGACAGGGAGCGGCUGCUGUUGAAGUUCAUCAAGAUCAUGAAGCACCUACGGAAGCUGAACAACUUUAACUCCUACCUGGCCAUCCUCUCGGCACUGGACUCGGCUCCCAUCCGCAGGCUGGAGUGGCAGAAGCAGACCUCGGAGGGCCUGGCCGAGUACUGCACGCUGAUUGACAGCUCGUCCUCCUUCCGUGCCUACCGGGCCGCCCUCUCCGAGGUGGAGCCCCCCUGCAUCCCGUACCUGGGCCUUAUCCUCCAGGACCUCACCUUCGUCCACCUGGGAAACCCAGACUACAUCGACGGGAAGGUGAACUUUUCCAAACGGUGGCAGCAGUUCAACAUCCUGGACAGCAUGCGGUGCUUCCAGCAGGCGCACUACGACAUCCGGAGAAACGACGACAUCAUCAACUUCUUCAAUGACUUCAGCGACCACCUGGCGGAGGAGGCCCUGUGGGAACUGUCUCUGAAGAUCAAACCCAGGAACAUCACGAGGAGGAAGACAGACCGGGAGGAGACCUAGAAGCGGUGCUGUGAGCGGGAGCGAGGAGAGCGCUGCCGAGAGGGGCCCCGAGGGCGGCCCCGAGACCGGGAGGGACUUUGGACCUGGCCCCGGGCAGGCUGCACGCGCCCUGGCCCAGCCGGCCCUGGCCCUCAGCCAUCAAGGGCGGGAGCCCCGCGGGAGCGGAGCCAGCAGGCGGGUCUCGUUGCCGAUUUGUGAACCCGUGGUUUGGUUUGGGUUUGGGUUUCUGCUUUCACUUCUGCAUCCCCUCUUCCCCCACCGCCUGGGAGCAGUGUAGGGAGGUCAGCAGCCUGAGGAAUGGUGGGCUCCGCACCCCUCCCUAGGUCCUAGGGUCCUGGAGCUGCUGAAAUGACACAUGAGCGGAAGACCCUCGCAAGGUGGGGGGCUGGGCUCCCGGUGACCUGGAAUGAAGGGGACGUGCAGUUGGGUGGCCGGAAAGCAGAGAAGACCCGAGGAGGCUCCUUCCACUUUCCCUGCCCUGCUUUUUAAAAUGCAAAACGGUGCGAGCUUCUGAGUUCCCAGCAGGUGGCCUUUCAGCAGCCCCAGAGCUGGCCCUCUGUCCCUUUGUCUCCCCUGGCACCUGGCCCCCCGGGGAGCUGGGCAGAGGGAGGACUUAGCUGUUAUCGGGGCUGGGCCGGGAGCUCCCAGGUGAGUGAAUCUGGAGAGCAGGGGGGUGCGACUGUCCUGGGGAAGGCCCGCGGCCCCCUCCUCUGUCGCUUGCUGUGUGCCUUAAACUCCACCUCCUGCCCCCUGUACCCCGUGGGCUCCCUUCCCACCUCCCUCCAUCUGGUGGGGCCGGGGGUGCAUCGAGACCCGUCUCCCAGUGCAGCAGGCUCCGUCCUGGGAAGGAGGGGAUGUCCCUGAGGACCGGCACCUACCCGGGGCAGGCCAGCUGCCUCUGGGACAGCGUCUUCCCUGUUGGAAACCGCUCUCGCUGCUGAGGUUGACCGUCUGAGGCAGGUCUGCAGGGUGGUCUCCGCACGCAGAGGGGCCCGACUCCAGGCGGCUGCCCCCAUGCCCCUCGCGGGGCGUCCUGGUUUGCGUGCCUGCGUGCUCGCUUCUCCUGGGCUUGGGACUUGGUCAAGCAAACAGCGGGAUCUGACUUCAACAACCGGUCACUUUGAGUCCUUCGUGGGUUUUGAACAGCUCUCUUCGCGCUUGCGCGUGGUCCCGUGAGAAGAGGGGAGAACGGCUGUGAAAGGCCCGCGGCGCCCCAAGGGCAGCGAUCGUGCCGAGGCAGGCAGAACGAGUCACUUUCUUCUGAAAAGGGUGUGGUCGCGGUUCAGCGGCAGUGCUGGGGGCGGGCUUGCCUCCCACUCGGAACCCCUCCCUGAGUCUUGUCUUGUCCCUUCCCAUCGCACCUACCCCCGCCGGAUGGGGUCUCCACCUCACACGGUCAGAUGGGCGUCUGGGUCCCGGUCUGGCCCCAGCAUGAGCUGCGGGGGGCUUUCCCCGCCCUCCCCUCUCCCCCCGGAGCCCUGGGCAGUCUGAGCAGACCUGCCAGGUGGACGGAGGCAGUGCGCUGGGGACAAGGGGCCACGGGUCAGGGUGACCAAGGGAGGGGCGCAGGGGCAGUGGGUAUUUAACUUAUUGGCCGACGGGUUCCUGCCCCGCGCCUCACUGAGACGCUCUCGGGGACGAGAGUCCACUCUCACCGCAGGUGGGGUCAGCGGAAGGGCAGGCACACGCCAGGUCGGAACGACCCCAGCCCUUCAGAAGCCUCUCCCCCUCCCCCCCCCACGUUCCAUUGUAAGAUAUGUAUGUUCCCCCACUAACCUGGCUGAUAGCAGCAUCUUCCUGCAGACAUUUCAAACCUGUAACUUUUAUAUGAAAGACAAAUAAACACCGAUGAAAGCUG